GAGUGGGUAGGGCUCUGCUUUUAGUCGGUCUUGCUCCGGUAGUAACCCUGGUUCUGGAAAUGGUCCCCAUGUCAAUGGAAUAAUCCUCCGCCCCGGCAUCCUUUGUCGAUUACAUAUGAUGGGGGGCAUUAGCGCUCUAGGCGGAACCCAUCUGCUGUACCUCUCUUUCUGGUGCAGCUGGACUCGUCAAAAAUGCAUUUAUUGGCACCAGCCCACUUCCAUCCCGGAUAAGCUAGACAGCCAGCCUGACCUGUGGAGUCUCUUGAUACCGAGCGGUGUUUCCCUCUCCCUUGUCUCUCUCACUGCCUCUUGCAACUUGCGUGUUGUAGUAGCAAAAGUAGAAGUGCACACCCCACUCUUUCUCCGGCCUUGAGCAAAUUCUGUUUCUGAGUGCUCCGUACUCCGUAC